UUGCCUAAGAAUAUUAUUGGUCACUCAAAAUCAAACUAAAUAGAUACACACAACCAUGCCUUGUGGUAAGAAGCCAGUCGUGAAGAACUGGGAUCGUGUCCGCAAGCUGAGGUCUGUGAAACCGUCGCGAUAUGAACAAACCGAAGAUUCCGUCAAAAAGCACUGGAAAAGCGUAAUCCAGGACUUGGAGUCGUUUUAUAAAGAUGAAAAGUUCUGGGAAUCAUCGCUGGAGCAAGUUCGCGAGCUGGUCGGUGACGUGAAGUUUAACCGUCUGUGCAAGAUCUUCGACCUGCCUCCCCCAGAGCGCAGCCGCCCCGCGCCCCCCUCCGAGACCUCUCUGGACCCCUCUGAAUGCUACUACCAGAAUAUCGGUGAAAGGAAACCAUCGGCAUACGUUGAACAAUCUAAACAUGAGAUUAUGGACUCGAGUUUGAAUGUUUCAAGAAAUACAAUUACUUCAUCCGCAGAAGUGGACUUGGUUGACGAUGACGAUAAAGAUGACGAUGAUGAUGAAGAUGAUGGUGAAAAAAUGACUGAAUCUCAAAUGAAAAUAUGGACUGAAUCAAUAAAAUCUUUUAACCGAUCUAAAAUAAUGACAGCAGGGAGAAGCAAAUCAUUCUUAAAGCCUGCUGAAAGAAAAUCAGUUAAAAAACCUUAUGACAAUCGAUCAAGUACGAUAGAUACAUCUUCCUCAACUUUCAAGGGAACAACUUCAUCAAUAAAUGAUCUUCGAGUACAUUUGGGAUCAUACAAGAAAAAGAAAGGAAAACGAGAAAUAAAUAACCCUCACUAUAACUUGUUAUAUUGUACGAAGUCAGAAACCGACAUGAUAAAGUGGGACUCCAAAUACAAACCGAAAAAAUUAGAAGUUUCAGCAUCCGACGAGUUCAGUAAGAAAGCUGAGAUUUUAACCAAAAAGAUUGCAACAGAGUUUUAUGAGUGGUGGUUGGCUUUGGGGAGUGACGAUUAUUUGAGUGAAAUCAAGUGUCCAGAGGAUAUAGAAGAAUUGUUCCAGCUUUGGUUCGACGAGCACGCUUCAAGAGGACUUAUUUUACAUACCAAGAUAUUGCCAUGCGUCUUACAGUCAAUCGCUGACUACGUCAAUGUACCACAAGCGUCAUGCUCGCACAUGCUGAAGACUCAGAUAGCGUCUGACAUCGUGGCGGAAGCGAAGCCGGCCCACACCGUCGCCUUCGAAACGGCUCUGCCUCAUCGCAUGAAACAUAUUCCUCCGAAGAAUAACACGAAGAGUCAGUGGCGCGCCGUGCAGAUCCCCGAGGAUCUUCGCACUAUGGCCUGCGUGUGGGAAGAUAUAAUGCACCUCACGUCAACAAAAGGCUUCAAGAAAUGGCUUGCCAUGCGACCUCACCUCCCGAUGCCGCUCUGCUUGCAAGAUGAUGAACAGCCGAAGAAGCGUUUGUUCACCAUACCUUCGGACUUUGUAGCCAUGUCCAGCAGGUCCUCUACCGCUGGUCUCAACUUGCCUAUUUCUCAAUUUGACAUAGAGCUAAAGGAAGUUUUGAGUAAGCUUUUGCAUCAGUAAUUUGAUUGUGUUACAAUACUUGUAUAAAUUGUUUAAAAAAAUAUGUAAUUUA